CACCUGAAAUUUAACCUAUUUCUUGACAUUUUUGACAGUUUCACAAUUCGUUAUGGACCCGGUUUAAAAUUACCAUUGUUUACAAUAAAAGUAAAAUGAGAAACAAUUUCGACCAAGAGAAACACAAUCCGUGUUUAAAAGAGCAAGAGUUAACGAUUAGGUGUUUCAACGACAACAAUUUUGUUAAAGAAAAAUGUGCGUUCGAAAUGGAAAAUUACAAGAUUUGUAAAGGAUUUUGGUUCUCUGUUAAAGCCGAAAGACGACGAAAAGGAAUAAAGCCGUAUUUACCUCCAGUUGAAGAAAGAGAACAGAUCAAAAAAGAUUAUUUUGCUCAAUUUAAACAGUAAGGUUUAUAAUUGGUGAACCAAAGUGAUGGUUGAAAUAAGCUGAGAAAGUAUAAAAGUGGCCUUUUCUAUUAUAAACAGUUUAAUUAUAAUUUAUGAAGAUGUUUUAAAUUCUGUACUGAGUAACCCCCUGUAGUAAAUAAUUAAAUAAAAUUAAUUAAAACAAAAAUUUUGGCCAUUAA